CUCAAAAAGAGCCCUGCUUAGCCUUAAACUGCUUCGGGUAUCUUUUUGGGUGCAUCUGUUCUGUCACCUGAGGCGCCUCUACAGCCCCCUCCACUUUCUCCUUCGGUGACUUGGCGGCAGGUGGCAGAGGCGGUGCCAAGCUUGCCAGGGGCGGGGGGCGCCUCGCUCUGUCUGGCGGUACAGCGCCCAGGCUUCUCAGCGGCGGGCGUCCUGGCCCCCACCACCCGCGCAUCCCUGCCACCCAGUGCAGCACAGCGCCCCCGGCGCCCCCCGCCGGCCUCCGCCCGCACCUGCAGCGGCUCCGCGCGCCCUGCCCGCCGCCGCCGCCUCCAGCUCUUGGUCGCCCAGGACAGAGAGGCUGUGCGCACCGGUGCCAGACCCAUCGCCAGCCGCCCCUGGGCCAGUGGACUCUAAGAGUACCGCUCUCGAACCCAGCGUACCCCAAGAUGAACGUCAGGAGGGUGGAAAGCAUCUCGGCUCAGCUGGAGGAGGCGAGCUCCACAGGCGGUUUCCUCUACGCUCAGAACAACACCAAGCGCAGCAUUAAAGAGCGGCUCAUGAAGCUCUUGCCCUGCUCAGCUGCCAAAACGUCGUCUCCUGCUAUUCAAAACAGCGUGGAAGAUGAACUGGAGAUGGCUACGGUCAGGCAUCGGCCUGAAGCGUUGGAACUGCUGGAAGCCCAGAGCAAAUUCACCAAGAAAGAGCUUCAGAUUCUUUACAGAGGGUUUAAAAACGAAUGCCCUAGUGGUGUUGUUAAUGAAGAAACCUUCAAGGAGAUUUACUCGCAGUUCUUUCCACAGGGAGACUCCACAACAUAUGCACAUUUUCUGUUCAAUGCAUUCGAUACGGACCACAAUGGCGCUGUGAGUUUUGAGGAUUUCAUCAAAGGUCUUUCCAUUUUGCUUCGGGGAACAGUACAAGAAAAACUCAACUGGGCAUUUAAUCUGUAUGAUAUAAACAAAGACGGCUACAUCACUAAAGAAGAAAUGCUGGACAUAAUGAAAGCAAUAUAUGACAUGAUGGGGAAAUGCACAUAUCCUGUCCUCAAGGAAGACGCUCCCCGACAGCAUGUGGAGACAUUUUUCCAGAAGAUGGACAAAAAUAAAGAUGGUGUUGUUACCAUAGAUGAGUUCAUUGAAAGUUGCCAAAAAGAUGAAAACAUCAUGCGCUCCAUGCAGCUCUUUGAAAACGUGAUCUAACGUGUCAGCACAUCCUCCGCUGAAGAGGCCAAUGUGAACUACUCUACACACUUACAAGUUGGAGCCACCACUUCUAGCAUAGAUUGCUCAGCUGUACACUGAAGCAGAUUAUGCAAACAGCUUUGUUUUAAUAUAAAACAACCCCCCCCCAAGAUUUAAGUUUUCCAGUUAUCAAUCUGCAUCAUCUCUGCACCAUCACUGGGGUCAUGAAAUGUGCUAACUCGUUUCAUCCUCUGAGGCUAUUCAAAAGGCACAGAAUCUGGAACAGUUUUGAUCCUUAGCCACGUGGUCCUGAGGCUUUCACAGGCCAGUGAUUUUAAAACACAAGUGGGUUUUCCUACUCAUUUGUAUGUAUUCAGUCCUGGAUUUUAAAUGGUUUUCUAAAAUAAUUACAUCGGCACUUAAUUUCCAGAAAGCCAAUGAACUUUCAUUUAAUUCGAAUUAUCUAACACUGAAAAAUAAACAAAGAUUAUUGCAAUUAAAAAAAGACCAAAAACACAGUCCCAAUUUCUAUGGCUUCUCCACCUGCUAAUGUUAACGACAUUAAUGUAUUUGGCAUUUUUUAAGAACACCUAAAAACUUAGUUUAUUGUCAGAUGUUAGCAUAUACCUAACAAAAUUAUUUUAGUAUAUAUUAAUUUUUCCAUAUUAAGGCCAAGGCUCUAUAUAAUCCCUGUUACUUUGGACCUGUUUGAUCUUAUAUGUAGACUGUUUUGUACUGUGUCAUGAAGUAGAAAUUUAAAGUGUCAAACAAUCCAAGGAUGUUUACAGAUUUGUAAAGGGUCCAGAUGUCUGUCCUCCACUACCUAGUAAUGCUUCCUAGCAAGUAACCCAAACAGCAGCAAAGGGCAAUUCUAGACACACCCAAACACCCUAAUGAUCUCACAGCAUGUUUAUUAUAAGCCAUU